GACAUUACAAACCAGAAAAAACCAUUUCUAUACCUCAAUUCCUCACAAAGAGUCUCAGAGAAACAAGGCAGCAGCAGAGGAAAUGGAUAGCAACAACAACAACAACAACAACAAUCAUUCUACUCUUCAAGAAAGGAAUGAGCGAGAACUCCAUUUCUUCACUGGGUUUCUUGCUGCUUUCAGCCUUCUCUUUGGAUUUUUGCUUACCCUUCUUGGAUGGAAGUAUCAAAGUGUCUCUAUAUUCCACACACAUGGUGCAACAAUGUUUCUCUUAAUAAUAAGCGUAUGUAUCUGCAUUUUGGCAUUGGUAGUGACAACACUACCAACUUCCAACCAAAGCUACCGCCAUUUCUUCGAGGCCGUGUGUCUCAUCUCUGGAGCUUUUGCCUGUGAUUUGCUGUUGUUGAUCCUUGUCCCUCCUUUUGGGUGGUUCAUCCUCAUUGUAUGUGUAUCCAUACUUAUGUGGUUACUUUAUGCCUCGUACCAUCGGAUUCUACAAUGCUGUCAAGGAAUUCUUCUAUCAAUUUCAAACUAUGCUUCCCGAGUAUUCCUCAAUUUUCAUGACUGGUUUCGACAUGGUGUCGAGUCAGUCCAGCAAGGGCCUUUCAUUCCUAAUGCAUCAAUGGAUCUCCCAUGCUAA